AUGGCGGAACCUGAAACUGAACAGAGAUACGAAUGGAUAAAGAGCGAAUGGGAAAACAUUGGAUAUCAAGUGAUUCCAACUGAUUUUAUGUACAUUAUGAAAUCCAAUGCUGAUGGGACCUUUUCAAACGGAGCCCUCCUACCUUUUGGAAACCUUCAGAUCGACCCAUAUUCUUCUGUUUUAAAUUACGGACAGGGACUAUUUGAGGGGAUGAAGGCAUACAGAAGACCAGACGGUAAGGUGCAAAUAUUCAGACCAGAGGAGAAUGCACUGCGUAUGCAGAAGGGAGCAGAGAGGCUUCUAAUGGAUACACCUUCUGUUGAGCAAUAUGUUGAUGCAGUCAAACAAGUUGUCCUGGCAAAUAUGCGUUGGGUGCCUCCUCAUGGAAAGGGAUCACUUUACAUUAGGCCUUUACUAUUUGGAAGUGGACCCGUUAUGGGUAUUUCGCCUGCACCACAAUGCACCUUCUUAAUAUACACCAAUCCUGUUUCCAACUCUUACAAGGGACGAACUUCAUCCUUGAACCUGUUGGUCGAUGAUAAACUUCCUCGCGCGUUUCCUGGUGGGACUGGUGGAGUGAAAAAUAUAAGCAAUUAUUCACCUGUUUUCCAAGUAGUGAAAGAAGCAAAGGCCAAAGGAUAUUCCGAUGUCCUCUUCCUAGAUGCUGAAGAACAUAAAUAUGUGGAGGAGGUGUCAUCAUGCAAUGCUUUCAUUGUCAAGGGUAAUGUGAUUUCAACUUCACCUACACUCGGAACCAUUCUUCCUGGAGUUACGAGGAAAAGUAUCAUCGAACUUGCUCGCCAAUUCGGUUACCAGGCCGAGGAACGCAAAUUUUCGGUGGAUGAAUUGCUCGAAGCUGAUGAGGUUUUUUGCAGCGGAACUGCUGUUGGGAUCUCCGAGGUUGGUAGUGUUACCUACAAGGAUAAAAGGGUUGAGUUUAAAACAGGAGCAGACACUCUGAGCCAGAAGUUGUAUGAUAUGAUGAAGGGAAUCCAAACUGGUACUUUGGAUGAUAAGAACGGAUGGGUGGUCAAUAUUGACUGA